AUGAACAUUACGCCCGUAGCUGGCCAAGAUGUGGGCAAAACCGCGGAGCAGGUGGGCGUGGAUGUGGGCGUGAUGGUGGGUCAGGUGGUGGAGGAUUAUCUGAGCGGCUGUCACCUGGUGCUCAUCACCACUGCACCUCACUCACUCAUUACCUCCAACAUUCUCAGGCACUUGUGUGAGAGUGGUGAGGCUCGGGUGGUGGUGGGGGCAGGAUGGAUGUUCUCCCAGGACCACCUUCUCCCUGGAUUAUGGGGUGAUGCUAGAACCACAUGCCGGGGUCUUAUCCUUGACCUCACCUACACCAACAAUACUGAUCUUGUCUUAAGAUUUCUUGAGGAAGCUGAACUAUGGAAGCUACCAGAGACUCUUGUGCUUGUUGUGGGAGGAAAGGCGGGGGUGAUGGAGGUGCUUCUCCACCAUAGCCUCCACAACACUAUCCACGCCCUCUACCUGGCCCUCCACGACCUCACUAUCCAUCACCUCACUCUCGAAACCCUUCCCCUCCAUACACCACUACGUAAUUUACGCCACAGGAAGCCCGUUGCACAAGGUCAGUACCUACUGAGUGGAGGUGUGUGGGUGUACCGGAGGUGUCUUUACUGUAACAGCGGAGAAGCAGACGUCCAGCUCCUCCACCUGUGGAACCUCACUUCAGUUACUCAACUCAAGAAUGACUUAUUUCAAGAGCAAUUCCUUAACUUUUGGAACACUAAAAUGCAGUUUUCAGCUCUGGUUAAAUACCCUUUCAUGGAUUACAAGGCGGACAGUGAUGAACCAGGCAGCACUGUGACACUUAAAAAUGGCCUUGAUGCUAGACUGCUGUUUCUCUUCGCUAAAAGACUCAAUAUUAGUUUUGAAAUCCGAGAGCAGCCUGAGAGAUCUUAUGGUAUGCAGAAGAAUGGCUCCUUCACUGGCAUGGUGGGACAACUGCAGCGGGAAGAGGCAGAUAUCUGUGGACCAAUAGCAACAAUUGCUGAACGGAUUCCGUCCAUGGAUUUCCUGAGUUAUAACAGGGUUGACCCGCUGACCAUAGUAUCACUGAGGCCAACCCUCUUGCCACAACUCCUCUCGCUAUCUAAACCUCUUUCACGAGAACUGUGGCUGUCGUUGCUAGCGUGUGUCACGGUGUGGGGAGUGAUCCUAUGGCUGCUGCAGAAGGUAUGGUGGUGGUUGACAGGUAAACGUGGGGUCAAUUUCGUCUCCAUCCUCCUGUAUGGCUGGGGCGCCCUCCUCGCAAACUUACCGUCUGACCCUUCUGUCAACAAAGCAGGAAAAGUGUUGGUGGGCGUCUGUCUGAUGUUCUGUCUGGUUAUUACUACAGGAUACACUUCCUCGUUAGUUGCUCACCUGUCAGUCCAGGGAAAGACCAAGCCCCCUGAAACCUUCGAAGACCUUGUGACUCUAAAGAACUGGAAGUGGGGUAUUGAAACCCCGCUUCUAACUGGAGCGGUGUUGCUUUAUUUCUCACAGCAUACAGACCCAGUAAUACAAAAAGUAUAUAAGGAAAUGGAUACUCUGUUGAUGGCGGAGGGACUCAAGAAGGUAAGAGCAGGAGGUUACUCAUUCAUAUGCGUGCGUCUCUCCAUCAGCUUGUUGAUAGACUCCCAGUAUAACGACAGCUACGGACAAAACCCGUACUACCUCAGCAAUUUAAAAAUGCGUCUACUGUCUGGCUUUGGAUGGGGUUUCAGGAAAGGGGCUCCAUUUUCUAAUAGAUUUAUGCAGUUGAUGUUCAGAUUGCAAGACGCUGGAGUUAUCAACCGAUGGGUGAAAGAAGUGGUGGCACAAAGUGUAAGAGAGAACAAAGCAGCUGCAGCACUCAAUCCACAAGCUAACACGAGCACUACACCAUAUAAAAAAGACAGCAGAGUGGUGUUGGGAAUGAAUCACCUACAAGGAGCAUUCCACAUGCUGGUGCUGGGUACAGGAGUGGCCUUCCUCACCCUGCUGGAAGAGAACCUCGCCUGCUGGUGCUCUUCCCCUCAGUUUCUUGAGAAAGCUGAAUUAUGGAAGUUACUGAGACUUGGUGAUUGUGGUGGAAGGAGAACUGAAGUGAAGGACGUGCUUCUCCACCAUAGCUUCCACAACACUGUCCAUGUUCUCUACUUGGCCCCCAUGACCUCACCUCAUGACCUCACCCUUCAUGAGCUCACCCUUGAUGACCUCACCGUCCACAGCAUCACUCUUAAUGACCUCACUCUCCACGCUCACCACCACACAUACGUAACUCACAUAACAGACAACCAGUUGCCGAGUUUUCAGAUUAGUGAGGCUCCAGACAGACAAUAUGGCAUGCAGAAGAAUGGCCGGUUCACUGGCAUCACGGGACAACUGCAGCGGGAAGAGGCAGACAUGGGUGGAUCAAUGGGACCGCUUGCUGAACGGAUCCCAGCCAUGGAAUUCUUGUGGGUAAUUGAAGCUGACCUGCUGGCCAUCGUGUCUUUAAAGCCAACUCUCUCGCCACAACUUCUCUCGCUCUCUAAACCUUUUACAGGAAGAGGAGAGCAGAGUGGUGUUGGGAAUGAGUCACCUGCAAGGAGCAUUCUACAUGCUGCUGCUGGGUACAGGAGUGGCCUUCCUCACCCUGCUGGGGGAGAACCUCGCCCACUGGUGCUCCUCGCCUCAGUAACCACCUCACUCUGCUGUGGGAGAACCUCGCCCACUGGCGUUCCUCGCAUCAGUAACCUCCUCACUCUGCUGGGGGAGAACCUCGCCACUGGUGCUCCUCCCCUUAGUAACCACCUCACCCUGCUGGGGGAGAACCUCGCCACUGGUGCUCCUCCCCUCAGUAACCACCUCACCCUGCUGGGGGAGAACCUCGCCACUGGUGCUCCUCCCCUCAUGUCAGCUUCGACAGUUAUCAACACUGCGCCCGUAGCUGGCCAAGAUGUGGGCAAAACCGCGGAGCAGGUGGGCGUGGAUGUGGGAGUGAUGGUGGGUCAGGUGGUGGAGGAUUAUCUGAGUGGCUGUCACCUGGUGCUCAUCACCACUGCACCUCACUCACUCAUUACCUCCAACAUUCUCAGGCACCUGUGUGAAAAUGGAGAGGCUCGGGUGGUGGUGGGGGCAGGAUGGAUGCUCUCCCAGGACCACCUUCUCCCUGGAUUAUGGGGUGAUGCUAGAACCACAUGCCGGGGUCUUAUCCUUGACCUCACCUACACCAACAGUACUGAUCUUGUCUUAAGAUUUCUUGAGGAAGCUGAACUAUGGAAGCUACCAGAGACUCUUGUGCUUGUUGUGGGAGGAAAGGCGGGGGUGAUGGAGGUGCUUCUCCACCAUAGCCUCCACAACACUAUCCACGCCCUCUACCUGGCCCUCCACGACCUCACUAUCCAUCACCUCACUCUCGAAACCCUUCCCCUCCAUACACCACUACGUAACUUACGCCACAGGAAGCCCGUUGCACAAGGUCAGUACCUACUGAGUGGAGGUGUGUGGGUGUAUCGGAGGUGUCUUUACUGUAACAGCGGAGAAGCAGACGUCCAGCUCCUCCACCUGUGGAACCUCACUUCAGUUACUCAAAUCAGUAAUGACUUAUUUCAAGAGCAAUUCCUUAACUUUUGGAACACUAAAAUGCAGUUUUCAACUCUGGUUAACAUCGCUUAUACGGAUUACACUGCGGACAGUGAUAAACCAGGCAGCACUGUGACGCUUAAAAAUGGCCUUGAUGCUAGACUGCUGUUUCUCUUCGCUGAAAGACUCAAUAUUAGUUUUGAAAUCCGAGAGCAGCCUGAGAGAUCUUAUGGUAUGCAGAAGAAUGGCUCCUUCACUGGCAUGGUGGGACAACUGCAGCGGGAAGAGAUAGACAUUAGUGGACCAAUGGUAACAAUUGCUGAACGGAUUCCCUACAUGGAUUUCCUGAGUUAUAACAGGGUUGACCCGCUGACCAUAGUAUCACUGAGGCCAACCCUCUUGCCACAACUCCUCUCGCUAUCUAAACCUCUUUCACGAGAACUGUGGCUGUCGUUGCUAGCGUGUGUCACGGUGUGGGGAGUGAUCCUAUGGCUGCUGCAGAAGGUAUGGUGGUGGUUGACAGGUAAACGUGGGGUCAAUUUCGUCUCCAUCCUCCUGUAUGGCUGGGGCGCCCUCCUCGCAAACUUACCGUCUGACCCUUCUGUCAACAAAGCAGGAAAAGUGUUGGUGGGCGUCUGGCUGAUGUUCUGUCUGGUCAUUACUACAGGAUACACUUCCUCGUUAGUUGCUCACCUGUCAGUCCAGGGAAAGACCAAGCCCCCUGAAACCUUCGAAGACCUUGUGACUCUAAAGAACUGGAAGUGGGGUGCUGAAACCCGGGUUCUAACUGGAGCUGUGUUGCUCUACUUCUCACAGCAUACAGACCCAGUAAUACAAAAAAUAUAUAAGGAAAUGGAUACUCUGUCGGUGGCGGAGGGACUAGAGAAGGUAAGAGCAGGAGGUUACUCAUUCAUUUGGGUGCGUCUCUCCAUCAGCCUGUUGAUAGACUCCCAGUAUAACGGCAGAUACGAGCAAAAUCCGUACUACCUCAGCAAUUUAAAUAUGCGUCUACUAUCUGGCUUUGGAUGGGGUUUCAGGAAAGGGGCUCCAUUUUUUAAUAGAUUUAUGCAGUUGAUGUUCAGCUUGCAAGGUGCUGGAAUUAUCAACAGAUGGAUGAAAGAUGUGAUGGAACAACGUGUUAGAGAGAACAAAACAGCUGCAGCACUCAAUCCACAACCUGUCUCGAGCACUACAUCAUAUGAAGAGGACAGCAGAGUGGUGUUGGGAAUGAAUCACCUUCAAGGAGCAUUCUACAUGCUGCUGCUGGGUACAGGCGUGGCCUUCCUCACCCUGCUGGGGGAGAACCUCGCCCACUGGUGCUCCUCGCCUAAGUAA